UAAACUGGAUGUAUAGGGCCUAGAUAUUUUUCUAUAAUAUUCUUAUGUGGUCGAUUAGAAAGGCCCCUCCAUAAAAAAUGACCCGACAAAGAUGAUAAGAGGGUCAGCCGACAAUGGGGAAUACCUGGUGCAAGUUUCUGCACAGGUUAUGACAAGGGAUGACUCCACUGGAGGCUGGGUACCUAUGGGGGGUGGGGGACUCAGCAAAGUCCGACUAUGCAAGUUGUCCCCAUCAGACUGUGGUGGUGGCAAUAACAACGGUGACCGCCAGCAGCUGUCACCGGACAAUUACAAACAUAAACCUGAGUACGUUAUUCAUGGAGAAAGGAUAGCUGACAAUACCGUUAUUCUAGACUGUAGACUAAAAAAGGAUAUACAGUACACAAAGGCCAACCCAAAAUGGCAUCAUUGGAAAACCGAUGAGAAAAGGUAUGGCCUUACAUUUGAACGCUCAGAGGACGCCAAAGCCUUCGAUCAAGGAAUCAGGUUUGCUGUUGCUGAUCUCACUGAAGGGAACAGUGAUGGUAUAGCACCUGAUGGCGAUGAAGGAAUAUUUUCGUACAUGGAGCUGCCCCUGAAGAGAAAUGACAGCUCCUCCAGGUCGACCUCUACCACAUCAACUACCACCAGUAGUCCAGGGACCAAUUCACCACAAUCCCCUUUAAACAACAACGACCCUUUCAGUUUUUCAUCACACCCCCACACCAACCACCUGCACCGCGUGCACUAUAUUUCGAACACGCGUGCACCGGCGAGGAACGUCACAAAUUGUGGGGUGAUCGUGGGGCAGCAAUACCAGCCUGGCUCACCUAUAAGUGAGAAGAGCAGCCCCCACAAAUCAAGUUUUGACAGUAGCUCAGGUCAAGACGAUGUGUGGGUGAGAACCUCGGUAGACCCUUCAUCGGUCAGCGGGAAAUCUGACCAGGGGUUGAUAGACUGUGAUGGCAGUGGUGGCGAUCAUGGAGAUCUGUACAAAGAAGAGUCCUAUGUUGUUUUUAACAAAAACAAGGUUGGAUCUCAGCAUGAGUAUAGUUACCCAGAUCUGGAGCCCGCCCAGAAGCCCCCAGCACAACGCAGCAGCACCAAAAAGCAAGCCCUAAACUCGACAUCUAGCCAAACAACACAGCCUUACCCCCCGCUCCCAAUCAAAAACAAGUCUAAGAGUAAAUCAAGCUCUGGGAUAGCCGCCGGGGAAGGAGGGAAGCAGGGACAGACUGGUGCACAUCGUCGGUUAGUCUCGCCUCAAGUCCAAUGCAAACACUGUAGGGACCUUUUCUCUUUAGACGAUAACCCGCGGGGGUCCUGUGAGGACGCGCCCGACUCGGUCGAGCGCUGCAUCGAGUGUGUAACGUGCGUGUCCUGCACACAGUGUUUAAUGUACCACUGCUGGGCCGACGCGGACGGGGAGUUCCGGCACCCUUGCUCCUGCGACCCCGGCGACACGAGUCUGUGUAGGCGCUGGACAGCUUUAACAUUCUUAUCGCUGCUUCUCCCAUGUCUGUGGUGCUACCUUCCCCUUAAAGCCUGCCACCACUGUGGGACCCUAUGUGGCCUUUGCGGUGGGCGACACAAGGCAGCAUGAUCAUAGCUUGCAUAUUAUUUUUUUAGAAAACUUCAUCUAAAGUGUGUUUUACUUAUUUUUUUCAAAUACAUACCAUGUGUCGAGGUUUAUUUCAAGUGAGAAAAAUUCAAUUCCUACUCAUGAAUUUCGAAUUGUAAUUGUGGCUGCUAGCAUGCAAACAAGGAUCAGGCUUUUUUUUUCAUCAUUUGCUUCAUCAUACUGGAUAUAUUUUAUUCGAGGAUCUAUGUAUGCUUAUUAUUAUGCAAGAGCUGCUUUAUGAAUUCACAGCCUUUGUCAGUAGUUAUUUGCUAUGAAAUGUUUGUCCUUUUUUUUUUAAAGUUCAAACAGUGAAGUAUUAUUGGGAUUGUGGUGUAGAUGAGUUUGUCUUGUCCUAGUGUUUUGUGCUAUGUUAAAUUUUCUAACGGAAGAGCAUUGUUUUAUAGUAAAGUUAUCAGGUGUUUUUUUUUUUUGUAGGUAUUUUGUUACUACACGCAGCAGAAUAUUUUUUAUUUCUUUAAAUAUAUAGCUAUCUCAUUCACUGCACUGUCAAUGGUCACAAACAUCUGGGCAUAAAGCAUUUGAGUCCAUACGUGUUGUUUUCUUUCCCUUAGGGACAGAUUUCACCAUUGUUUAUUUAGUGAUACUGUUAGUGAAAGCUCAAUUUUUUUUUUACCUAAAGGUGUACCUAAAAGAAAACAUGCUUUAAUGUUAAAGCACCUAGUGUUGGUUUUACAAUGUUACAUUCGUGAGAAAUGUAUACUAAAGUACAAAUAGUUCUUGGUAUUUUAAGAAUUAAUUUGGUUAAUUGUGGUCAUUAGUCAAAAUGUGUUAUUUUGGUCGAGUUUUUCUGCGAACCGUCACAAUUGUGCUUAAUUUUUUUUGUAAUUCUAUUUUUCAGGCCUUUAGUUUAUGUGCACACAUUCUUCUUCUUUCAUCAGAUUACCAAAAUAUUUAGAAAAUAUGCUAUUUUACUCAUGUCCCUAUUAAUAAUUUUUCAUUAGCUUAAAUAAACAGGCAGUUUAGAAAUCCAGACUAUUUUUUAAAAAAAGGAUUUAAAAAGUGGUAAGUUCUAGAUAUAAACAUUUUCCUUACAUGAAAUCUUGAUAUGAUGGGCAACAGAUGUUAUUACCAAGUAAAAUAAUCAUUUUAUAUAUAAUAAUAAUUAAAUCCUUACACAAUUUUCCCAAAUAAUAAAUACAUUGUAAGUAAUUAUUAUGCAGGGUGAAAAUUUAGUACUGAGUUAGUAGUAAUGAAUUAGAUUAUAAAAAACUUUAAAAAUGGUUGUGUAAUUUGAACUACAGAGUUUCUAGAUAGCAAUUAAUUUGGAUUAUCAGUAGUGUUGAUUGAAAUUUUUGUAAGUUUACCUGUCAAGACUUGAAUACACUUUCUGUAAUGUUAACCUGUAUUUCUUGUGUCACUGUAAAUGCCAGAGAUUUAGCCCCCUCACCGUGCCAUAUAAAAGUAGAUACCUACAAUUCUAAAGUGUCAAGUUUAAGAAGAUGUAAGGGUUGACAAGUAAUAAAAAUUAUUCACUCAUUGAAGUCUCACCAUGUAGGCCUGUUAGUAUUUUAACUCUUCAGUCAAUGAAAACUAAAAUAUCUAUUUUUAUUAUAUAUUUCAAGGAAUUCCUAAUCACAAUGCACAUGGCCAUUUGUUGGGUAUUUAUAGCUUCCAACUAGGUUGUAGUCACAGAUCUAAUAGCAAAUUUGGAGAAUAAAGUUAUCAUUUUAAAUUUAUUCCUGCUGUUAUUCAAAUAAAUUUCUAAAUUUUAAUGAAGUCCUUUAUCUCUUAAUUUUAAAUAGACUUGAUUAUAAAUUAUUAACUUACUGUGAAAUGAAACAAAACUCUACAGCAAUAAACAGGGGUUGUGAUUUAGAUGAAAAUAGUCUCUGAGUUUUGAAUUGGUUUGAUGA